CCACUGUGUGGGAGAGAGCCCAGAGAGUCAGGAGGAGGGACACAAUUCAUAAUUGCACAGAGCCACCAGACAAUACGGACGUGGAAACCCUGCGGACCAGCCUCAUCUCCGGCGCGGCUGCAUCCGCUUUGGUCAUCCCACAGGUGUCUCGCCUGUCCUUCUGUGACCGCUGUGGAGCGGAGGUCUGAUGCUCUGACAUCAUGCCGCUGCUCAUAUCCCUGUUGCUGAUGGGGUUGGACUGCUUGUUGGGUGCCCCGGCUGGUAGAGAGGUCUACAGGAUGCCCCAGAGUGCACUCAAAGCUCUGUCAGAUCGUGGGACGGUUGUUCUGGAGGCGGCCAUGGCCAGUGCUCUUUCCACUCUUGAACAUGCAUCAUCUGAGAGAAACCGGGCUGAGGCAAGCUGUCGGGGAUGUGUACCCUGCCUGUUUCAGAACUGUGGAGAGCUGUCUGGGUCCUGCUUUUCUCCCUCCAGUGCACUGUCAGAGCCCAGCUGUGAUGUCAUCAGUAAGGCUCAGAAGCUUCAAGAUGAGGCGGAGCGGAGUUGGGCUCUGAGUCAGGCCUGUGCGUACUAUCAGUACCGCUGCCCUCCGGGUGAGCUGGACAGCGAAAGCUGCAUCAGGAUCAUGGGAGAGAGUUGCAGUGCCCGCGUCCUGCAGUGCAGCCUGCUUAUCACCAUGCAGAACCUGGAGCCUGCUAUGCAGUCUCAGGCACAGGCCGUGUGCGGUCAGAGGUCAUUCUCAGUUCAAAACAUCACACAGCCUCGCUCCCGGAUAGUGGGUGGCUCUCCUGCGCCUCUGGGAAGCUGGCCCUGGUUAGUUAACCUGCAGCUCGAUGGCGGACUGAUGUGCGGAGGGGUGCUGGUGGACAGCUCCUGGGUGGUCACGGCUGCGCACUGUUUUGCCGGCAGCCGUAGUGAGAGCUACUGGACGGCUGUAGUGGGCGAGUUUGACAUCACCAAGACUGACCCCGAUGAGCAGGUUCUCAAAGUGAACCGAAUUAUUCCCCAUCCUAAGUUCAAUCCAAAGACAUUUAACAAUGAUAUUGCCCUGGUGGAGCUGACGUCCCCGGUGGUCCUGUCAGAGCAUGUCACUCCUGUAUGCCUCCCUUCGGACUCUGACCCCCCCACAGGCAGCCCGUGUCUGGUGGCAGGCUGGGGGUCCCUCUAUGAGGAUGGCCCUUCAGCUGAUGUGGUGAUGGAGGCCAAGGUGCCCCUGCUGCCUCAAAGCACCUGUAAAAGUGCUCUUGGCAAAGAACUUGUCACCAACACUAUGCUUUGUGCUGGCUACCUUUCCGGGGGCGUAGACUCUUGUCAGGGAGAUUCUGGGGGCCCGCUGAUAUACCAGGACCGAAUUUCUGGUCGCUUCCAGCUCUAUGGCAUCACCUCCUGGGGAGACGGUUGUGGGGAGAAAGGCAAGCCUGGAGUAUACACACGGGUGUCUGCUUUCUCUGACUGGAUUCAGGCUGAAAUUCAAAAGUCAUUUGGGAGUCGGGAGCCAACGUGUUCAGAACUCCUAAAAACAACUGAAAUGACAGAAGAGGAACAGAGGUCAGAGUUUGGCUCCUUGUGUCGCUUUUAUACCCUGACCUGUCCACCUGGUCAGUCUGCCAGCACCUGCAGCCGGAUGGCUGAGGACAAAUGCCUCACCCGCUUCAAGAAAUGCCAGUUGCGUUCAUUCUUGCAAACCCUGUUGGACUUGCUCCAGAGGGCCGAGGACUACAUCAGGGACAAGGUGGACUUGACUUUCUUCACACAGACCCUGCCUCAGCUUGUGGAGCAUGUGUACAGCACAGCUUUCUCCCACACCAGAGAGAGGAGAGACCUCGCCCUGAGCCAUGGUCUGGCACAGAUAAAAGAACAUCUGGGUGGAGCAGUAAUGCCAGCCGAGCAGGCUCCCUCCUAUACUGCACCAGCUUUAUUCAAAGAUGUCGGACCGUCUUUGGAUGAAUGGGAGAAAUACUUGAGAAGCGUGGCGGAUGAUAUGGAUGAAGGACGAACCGAUGGAUUUGCAGACAUGUCUGCAACAAGAAAACUUGAGGAAAACCUAUUUCUACAGGAUUCCUCGGUGCAACAGCUGACAGGACAAUAUCAGACUGUAAUUUCUGCCCUUCAUUCCAAACUGGGCUCUCGAGCUGCUCCUCCUCUCCUGCCCUUGGACCCGGUCUUCCUCCAGGAUAGGUCACCAAGCGAACUACUUUCUGCCACGCUAACACCCGUCCAGUCCCAGGAGCCGAGGGAGCCUUGGUCACUUCUGACAGCCUGGAUGGGGGAUAUUGAAAAAUUAAGGAUCCAAGAUGAGACUGUGGCAGAAGAUGAGUCAAAAAGUGAAACCAGAUCCAGAAGAGAUGCUGCUCCUGUUGUGAAGAGGAGCACCAGAUCAGGGGAUUUUCUAUUUGUUGAGAAUGCAGAUGGAGUAGAAAUAAAAUCUUCGAAAUUGCCAUUCCCAGAACUUACAACCCGUACAGUCCAAGUCCUCAACAGUCCUCACAAAAAAACUUCUAAUCCUAGACAAGCUGUAAAGCUCUUAAGUCUUCACAGAAAAUACAGGAGCCUUCUGAACAAGAGGCAAACACCAGGUGGCAGUGGGAAAAUUUGUCCUGGAUUGAAAGAGUCUUCACUGCAGGUCGGCCAAAUCAGAGACUCUUACAGCUGGGUGUUGAACAUCCCAAUCAAGAAUUUGCGCAUGAACUUCCAAGAGGUGUUAGUCGAUCUGAGCUCCAAAAACGAUAGAGGCCUUUACCAGGCACGGAUCAAGGCUGUAGUGGGAGGACGGAUGCUGACGUUCUACAGCCUUGUAGGCCUGGAGAACGAAUCUUUCUACCGCAGUGUGCCGAGGAUCAUUGCUUUGGCACUGGAUGCUCUUAAAGUUUAAGUUAUACAGACGCAUGAAAGCAUUCAAACAAGAGACAACAACACAAAGCGGCCUGUCUUGUAGUUUGGAACUGUAACUCUAUCCACAGAGAGAUGCACAUCAAGCAAACUCAUGCAAACCGUUCUUCCUCUGACGUCUCUUGGAAAAGUGUUUUCCCCGAAUGAGGUCCAACUUUGACUCUAAAUGUUAAACAUGAAUGUAUCGAUCCAACUAUUGGCCAACGUCCAUGCCACAGCUUUUAUAUGUGGUUGGAGACGUGGGCUUGUCUAACUUAUGAAUCUGUACAAAAUGAUAAGUUAUUCAUAUUGUCUUUUACAAAGGCUGAGCUUCAUAUGGAGCACAUAGACUGUAUAUAUUAUUCAUGUUAUCUUUAUU